AUGACAUCAUUUACACACUCAUUACCAUCACCUCCAAAAGUGUCGUCGUUCGUCGUCGACUUUGAGAAGGGUCUCUGGAAGGGACUUCGCAGUGUGUUUGACGACCCUGUCAUACAUGGUUGCUCCUUCCACUUCAAACAGGCGCUGUACAAGCAGGUCCAGAAAAAAGGGCUCACGCACGAGUACGAGCAGAAUGGCAGCGUUUAUAAUCUCCUACGAAAAGUCUUCGCUCUGCCGUUCCUGCCAGCCGACGACAUCGCCGAUGCCUUCCAGAAACUGAACGAAAAGGUCGACGCUUCCGCCGUCCGUCUCACAGCGUACUUUAAUUAUGUCAGAGAAACUUGGAUCACCAACACAAUGUGGCCACUUCCAUCCAUAUCGGUCUACGGGCGCAGCAUACGGACAAACAAUGACGUGGAAGGAUGGCACAAUAGAAUCAACCGACGUGCAAUGAAGAGUGGGCUGCCGUUGUACUUGUUGAUCACCCUGCUUUACACAGAAGUCAGCAAUGUACCUACGCAACUAAAACUAAUCAAGGAGGGGAAGCUUCGACGCCACCAACGAAAACAACAGGACGCGAAAAUGAAACACCUCAACGACCUUUGGACGAAAUACGGAGAAAAGACAGUGAAAGCAGGAUACAUCCUGAAGCACAUUGGCGAUCUGGCGCUUCCAAUCUAGUUAAAUUAAUCCCCAAAGGGCUGUGACUGUGAACAAAGUGAACUGUGAUUUUGUUACUGAACGAGGGAUGUGACUGAACAAAGUCAGUGAUUUUGUUGUGUUUGUGUUUGUAAAUAUUUAGAUAAAUUCAUAAAUGUUUUAUGUAAAUAUAUUGUAUAUUCUUGUUCUAUGUGUUUGAAAAAAAUAUUGCUCUGUGUUCUGUUCUAGUUCAUUUCAUAAUUGCUUUUGUACACUAAAUCAUUCAAUGUUUAAUUGCUAGAGACACAUUUUGAUUUCCCCCGUACAGAGAACAAAAAAGGGUCAAUAUACAUUUUCAGGAAAAGGCAGUGUUUAUGUAUAUAUGUUUAUAAUAUAAUAAUUCUCAAACCACUUAGUUUGUAUAUAUUAUAUCGUGAAUUUGUAUUUGUAUAUCAUGUUAUGUGUCCAUUGAUAGAAAAUAAAGGUCUGUCUGUCAUUUCAUAAACGUUUCGUGUAAAUAUUCUUGUUCUAUGUGUUUGUAAAUAAUAUAUGAUUGUUCCGUUUCAGGUAAUCAUCUCAUGGUUGCAUUUAAUUGACAUUUCUAAACUCGAUUUCGUUGUUUAGAUAUUCAUAAAUGAUAAAAAUCUUGUCUUAGUCUUUGUAAAUAUGAUUGCUGUUUCAUGAUUUCAUAAUUACAUAUAACUUGAUAUAUCUAAAAGUUUCGAUUUCGUUGUUUAGAUGUAUUCAUUAAUGUUUUUAUGUAAAUUUAAUUUCUUUAAAAUUUUGUUCCAUGGUACAUAUGUUGAUAUUAUACAGUUCCAUGAAUCGUUUAAAAUGUGAUCCGUUAUGAUUGUUAUGUAAAUAAUAAUAAAUAAAAAUAAAAUUGAUUGAAAUAAACCUUUUUCUUUUCUUCGCUUAACGAUCU